GCCAAACUCACACACACACACACUCCUCACACACACACUCACUCCUCUACACACACGUACACUCACACACACACGCGCGCGCACACUGAAGGACGCAGAGCGCAGCAGAGCAGCCGGAACAUUUGGAAAUAUCGAAACAGGGAAGUUGGAGAGGAGCGCGUCAGUGUGGAAAGAGAUCCGCUCAUCGGCAUGUUCAGCUGGGCCAAACAGGAGCAGGGAGGCCGCAACAAGGAGGGAGAGAUGUACCAGACUGUGACCGAGGGACUGCAGACCCUGUACACCAAGAAGCUGCUGCCUCUGGAGGAACACUACCUCUUCCAUGACUUUCACUCCCCGGCGCUGGAGGUCGCAGACUUCCAGAGCAAACCCAUGGUGCUGCUGGUGGGCCAGUACUCCACCGGGAAGACCACCUUCAUCAGGUAUCUGCUGGAGCAGGACUUCCCAGGGAUGCGGAUCGGUCCGGAGCCGACCACAGACGGCUUCAUCGCGGUGAUGUACGGCGAGAACGAGGGCGUCGUCCCCGGGAACGCUCUGGUGGUCGACCCCAAGAAACCCUUCAGGAAGCUCAACGCCUUCGGAAACUCCUUCCUCAACAGGUUUAUCUGCUCCCAGAUGCCCAAUCAGGUCCUUCAGAGCAUCAGCAUCAUCGACACGCCCGGUAUCCUGUCAGGAGAGAAGCAACGAAUCAGCAGAGGUUACGACUUCGCGGAGGUCCUGCGGUGGUUCGGGGAGCGGGUGGACCGGAUCAUUCUGCUGUUCGACGCUCACAAACUCGAUAUAUCCGACGAGUUCUCGGAGGCCAUCAAAGCCUUCAAAGGACAAGACGACAAGAUCCGGGUCGUCCUCAACAAGGCCGACCAGGUGGACACGCAGCAGCUGAUGAGGGUGUACGGCGCCCUCAUGUGGUCACUGGGGAAGGUGAUCAACACUCCAGAGGUGGUGAGGGUCUACCUGGGAUCGUUCUGGGCCAAACCUCUGCAGAACACGGAGAACAGGCGUCUGUUUGAGGCGGAGUCUCAGGACCUCUUCAGGGACAUCCAGAGUCUCCCGAGGAACGCGGCGCUCCGUAAACUCAACGACCUCAUCAAGAGAGCGCGGCUCGCCAAGGUGCACGCUUACAUCAUCAGCCACCUGAAGAAGGAGAUGCCGUCUCUGUUCGGCCGGGAGAAGAAGAAGGAGGAGCUGAUCAUCCGGCUGCCGGAGAUCUACACCACCCUGCAGAGAGAGCACCACAUCAGCCCGGGAGACUUCCCCAACGUCACCAAGAUGCAGGACAUGCUGCAGCACUACGACUUCAGCAAGUUCCCGUCUCUGAAGAUGAAGCUGAUCGAGUCGGUGGAUAAGAUGUUGGCCACAAAGAUCGCCGUCCUGAUGACGAUGAUCAGAGAGGAGGAGUCCAAGGCGCCCCCGGCGAUGGUGUCCGGCGGCGCCUUCGAGGGCUCCCAGGACGGGCCCUUCGGUCGGGGCUACGGCGAGGGAAUCAGCGCCGGGGCCGACGCCGAGGACUGGAUCGUCAGCCGCGAGAAACACCGCUACGACGAGAUCUUCUACAUGCUGAUGCCCGUCAACGGGAAGAUCACCGGCGUCAACGCCAAGAAGGAGAUGAUGAACUCGCGGCUCCCCAACACCGUCCUCGGGAAGAUCUGGAAGCUGGCGGACUGCGACAAAGACGGCAUGCUGGACGACGAGGAGUUCGCGCUCGCGCAGCACCUCAUCAAGAUCAAACUGGAGGGGUACGAGCUCCCCACCGAGCUCCCCGAGCACCUGGUCCCCCCGGCCCACCGCAAAGACCCCACCGCCGAGACCCUGUACAACCACAGCGAGGACUAGAGCGCCCGCUGGGGGGGAGGGGGGGCGCUGCACAGACCGCCUGAGCUUUCUGCUGCAGGCGUUCAGACUAACACGAGAACCAAUCAGCUGCAGGACGUCGAACUACAAGAGGAGCUCGCCGUCACUGAUCUCCAACCAUCGCUCACUCCACUCGUCUACGCAUCAGGACAGCAGGAUGUAGAGCGAGCUGACUGAAGGGAAGAAACUACGCUUUUAUUUUUAUAUACACCUUUAUUUUACCUAACGCAGCUGAGCUCAAAUCACCAAAGAAGAAGAAGAAGACCAUUCAGCUUCUCCUUUCACUGCCUUGAUCCUGAGAGAGGACGGCGUGUCAGAUAAGACAUGUUGAUAUUUAACCAGCUUCCUGCCUUAAUGUCUCUAAUCCUGUGUCUCUGAUUAUUAAUGAGGACAUGUGAACACUGCAGAUAGAAACUGAAAGCCUUACGAUGCUGACUCGCUGUAUGACGCUUGCUUUUGUCCCUCAGAUUGUUGUUGCUCUACCUCUGCUACCAUCGCUCACUUAUAUUCAAUCAAUCUUUAUUUAAAAGCACCAAAUCACAACAAACAUUCUCAUGAGACUCCAAACAGAGCAGGUCUGAACCUCUCAUCUAUGUUCUAUCAUCA